AAAUUGCCUUGGAACAGUAUCCUCCAUUCACUGUCCCAUCCCUCGCCACCACCAGAAAACACCCAGGAGUAUUGGUUCCACAGUGACUUGGUAGUGGAUUUUAUUUAGUUCAUAAAGGGCAAAGGUGCCAACAAACAUCGUACCCUGCCCUCCCAUCACAGUGAAAUCAGAUCAGGUCUAGAAUGUCACCAGUGCAGAGCUUGUGAAAGUCCACAGUAAGAGGUCUGGAGAUUGUUACCACCUUCUCCUGUCCCGGGACUGAUGCCUGCACACAGACUGCCAGGAUGUAAUGGAAGGAAGCUGAAUACUACUGUGUCCAGUCUGUGAUGUAACCACAGCGUCUAUUAACCAAGUACAGUGCUCUGCCUACGCCUACUCACGGAAGAGGCUGUUAGGAGAGGAGCCACUGAAAUCAUAUAGGACAUUUCUCACUUUUUAAAAAUUCUAAUUGAAAGUUUUGAGGCCAAGAUUGUGCUGUGUUGUUUAAAAUAAUCUUGAGAUCCCAGACUCAGGUAGCCUCCUACCUCAGACUCUCUGUAGCUGGGAUUAUAGGUGUGGCCCACCAUGCUUGCCUCAGGAGGGAGUUGUUUGGGGUGUUUGUUUGCACUCAGUAAAGUGGUUUGUUUGUUUGUUUUGUUUUGUUUUUGUUAUUGUUUAUUGGUUGGUUGUGGAAGGGUCUCACUGUGCUGCCCUGACAAGCCUGGAACUCCCUGAUAAACCAGGCUAGCCUCUAAUAGAGAUCCUUCUGCCUCUCUUUAAUCCACAUUGCUGGGAUUAAAGGAAUAUGCUACCACAGCUGUCCUCAGGACUUCGUUUUAACAAUAAACAACAGAACCUCCGUCUUCCUUAGCUCAGGACCAUGUUGAGCUUGGGUGAAGAAUCGUUGUGAAACGAUUUAUGUUUGUGGGUGAAUCUCACUUGCAGUAUAUCAUUUGCUACUGGGGGAAGGGGUCAGAGGAAGAAGCCAGGAGUGGGUCUCCCAUCCUAUUUUACGAGACAGACUCUCUCACAGAGCCUGAAGCUCACAAUUUCAGCAGUGUUGGGUGGCAGCAAGUUCCUGAGAUCUGCCUGGCUGUGCACCCCAAGUCUGGAGUUAUAGACAGGCAUGUGACCCGAUUUUCCAUCGGUGCUGGGGAACUGAACUCCGCUCCUCACACCUGUACAGGCUUCUUGCUGUGCCCUGAGCAGCUGUGACCACCAGCACGGCCACAUGUCGGAGCAGGCAAGGGAGUGCCAUAGUCACCCAGCGCUGUGACCUGAGUGCUGAAGGAGGAGAGGGUAUCACUAUGUAGUCGUGGCUAGCCUGGAACUCAGAGAUUUGAAUGCCUCUGCCUCCUGAAUGCUGGAAUUAAAGGACCGAGGCUCUGAGUCUCACAUUCUGGCCUAGGAGGAGGAAGAGGAGAGACCCAUUUGCCAGAGGGCUGAAGGUGGCCUUGAGGGCCAUGCUCUCGGUCCCAGGAUGCCCCUGCCUGAGCCCAGUGAGCAGGAGGGUGAGAGCCUGAGAGCUGGCCAGGAGCCAUCCCGUGGAGCUCGGAAACCUCAAGAGUCCUCUAGUCUGGUCCCGGCCAGGGACAAGGAGAAACCCAAGCCGACAGAUGUCAUGUCCCAGGAGACGUCCAGCACCACCACCCUACCUAACAACACCCUCCAGGCCUUGCCGGCCAAGAAGCAGGGACGGAUAAUUCACCGGAAACGUAGUAGGGUAGAUGCAGUUGCCCCCCAGCCCCUGGAGUUCCUGAAGACCCCAUCUGGGAGCCGCCUUCUGGUGCACAAGUCGUUCCUUUACAAGCAGGAGAAGGCCGUGGGGGACAAGGUGUACUGGAAAUGCCGCCAGCACUCAGAGCUGGGCUGCCGGGGCCGGGCCAUCACUCGUGGCUUUCGAGUCACAGAGAUGCGGGACCAUUGUCACCCACCUGAAAAGGAAGGCCUGGGAAAGAAAAGGCGCCAGAAGGAAAAGCUGCCCAGCUCGGGCACUGAAGGCCAAGGAGAUGGGGUGAGCUUGUGGCUGUACCCUGUGGAGCCGGAACCCACCCCUCAGCCAAGCAUCGAAACCCCAGAGGAGGAGCAGGGGUACCGCUCCCUGGCACUGCAGAGCCUGCCUCCCAAGAAACGCCCCACCCCAGGAGUGGUACGGUAUCGGCCUCUUGAGUUCCUGAAGACCUGCUACGGGGGGACCUUCCUGGUGCACCAGUCCUUCCUCUACAAGCGGGAGAAGACAGUAGGAAGCAAGGUGUACUGGACCUGCCGGGAACAUGCGGUCCAUGGCUGCCGCAGCCGUGCCAUCACCCAGGGCCAGCGCGUGACGGUGAUGCGCAGCCACUGCCACUCACCUGACAUGGAAGGCUUGCAGGCCCGGCGGCAGCAGGAGAAGACCAUAAAGAAGAUACAGGCAAGGCGGAUUGGGGCUGGGGACCUGGAGGAUUGUGAUGACAUUGAAGACACACUGCUGCAAGGGGUGGACAGCCUGUUCUACCGCAGAGGGCCAGGCACACUGACUCUCAGUAGAUCCAGGUCCAGGAAACGAGCAAAGAAGCAGCAGGAACCCUUGCAGGAAUCCCCCGAGGAGGAGGACCAGGAUGUGGACCCCAAAGGCCCAGAGUUCCUGAAGACCCCUCUGGGGGGCAACUUCCUGGUGUACGAGUCCUUCCUCUACAGACGGGAAAAAGUGGCCGGAGAGAAGGUGUACUGGACUUGCCGGGACCAGGCACGCAUGGGCUGCCGCAGCCGGGCCAUCACCCAGGGCAGGCAGGUGACUGUGAUGCGAGGCCACUGUCACCCACCUGACCUGUUAGGAUUGGAGACUCUGAGGCAGCGGCAGAAACGCCCAGGCCCUGCUCAGUGGGAUGGCCCAGAAGGGCCUGAGUUCCUGAAGACCCCUCUGGGGGGCAGCUUCCUGGUGUACGAGUCCUUCCUCUACAGGCGGGAGAAAGCGACCGGCGAUAAGGUGUACUGGACUUGCCGGGACCAGGCACGCAUGGGUUGCCGCAGCCGCGCCAUCACCCAGGGCCAGCGGGUGAUGGUCAUGCGCAGGCACUGCCACCCACCAGACAUGGGUGGCCUGGAAGCCCUGCGGCAGAGGGAGAACUUCCCUAACCUGACCCACUGGGAAGGCCCAGAGCCCGUGCAGCCGCUGGAGUUCCUGCAGACAUCCCUUGGAGGCCGCUUCCUGGUGUACGAGUCCUUCCUGUACAGGAAGGAGAAGGCCGCCGGCGAGAAGGUGUACUGGAUGUGCCGGGACCAGGCUCGGCUGGGCUGCCGCAGCCGCGCCAUUACCCAGGGCCGUCGGGUCAUGGUGAUGCGAAGCCACUGCCAUUCCCCUGACCUGGCUGGCCUGGAGGCCCUGAGGCAGCGGGAGAGGGAGAAGGCCCGGGAGAGGGAGAAGGCCCGGGAGAGGGAGAAGGCCCCCAGUGCAGCCAAGAAGAAAAAGAAGAAGAAGAAGAAGAAAGGAAAAUCAAAGAGCUAAAACCGAUCAGCCAGUCCUGCUGCAGUAUCUUCUCUGGAACAACAGAGGAGCAGCGGGCACCCCAGAUGCUUCCCAUCCACACAGGCGUUCCCAUCCAUUCAGAUGCGCUUGGUGACAACUCUUUCCACUCUUCCAAACACCCAGGACCGUCACAUUUCCUCAGAGGUCUCCCCGGAGGAGCGCUUGGACUUUGGGUGGUAACCAAGCCGGAUGGGUGGCCUGCAGGCCUGCCCCAUGCUGCUCUCACCGUGACCUGAGCUGUGGAGAAGUGUGUGUGGACUGAUAGACCUCUGCCCACUCUGCUGUCCAGGCCUCAGCACCAUCUGCUUUCAGAGCAUGCUGUCUGAGCUUUCCAGUGGGGUGUGACCCUGUGCGAGUGAGCAUGAACUUCAGCAAAAUGGAAGUCAUCCCAAGUCAGGAUAUGUACGGGGACUUCCUGCCACUCUCUGAAGACAGUGCAAGUCAUAGCAGGGUUUUGUUUUGUUAUCUUUUAGGGACAGGUGUGAGGCCUUCCUGGUCUUUUGUCACUUGCUGCUUACUAAGGCACAUCCAGCCCUGACCGUGGCAGAGCAGGCCAGGCUGAAGGCUUCGCUGUACCUUCCUGGCCGACUUUGCAUCCUGUGUUCUUUGCUACCUUAAACCUAUGUCCACAGUUCUUGGGCGCCAGCCCAGAGGUCAGGAGGAGGUGACACCAGGUAGGCAUGCUCUGGUGGCAGCAGCACCACCGAGAGUUGCCCACCUAGUGUCACAUGAUACACAAGGUCAGUAGGUGGCAUCAAGCCCACCUCCUGUAGAAGAGGCUAGCAGGACUAAGGAGCCAUGUUAGCAGUGGCAUUCUAGUGUCCCUGGGAAUGCAGAAUCUCCUGUGUGCUGCCCCUGGCCAGAGCUGUCCUCACCCUGUCUCAGAGCUGCAUGCUCCUCUCCCUUAGCAAGCAAGCCAUGGAGCAGCCACCCCUGUGGGAUAGUAAUGGCCUGGUGCCUACCACUGGCUUCUGCUCAUCUGCUUCCCUCAAUAAACCCUAUGUAGUCUCACGGUA